AUGACGCUCGGGGGCUCGCUGGCAGCUUCCACGACAGCACCGCCACCUGCCGAGGCUCGGCUGCAAGCUCGGCUGCAAGCCGUGCACCAGUUCCUAGCUGCUGGCGGAGCCGAACGCUGCGAUCUUCCUCGGCUGGACGCUGCAAAGUUGGCCGCGGUUGCCGACACCCUGCGUGGACGCCCGGCUGUGCUUCGCGGUUUGUGGAGGAACGACCUUUGGACGAAAGACAGGUUUCUCCGCAAGUUCACGUCUCACAGAGUCAAGACGAACAAUGGGCACUUUGAUCAUCUACGCUCGAAAGAAGUAUUAUCUAUGGAGCAGUAUUUGGCGCAGAACGCUUCCGAGUGGAAUGUGUUCUUUGCCGACAUGGCAUAUUCUGUACACCGUGAAUUUUGGAAUAUGCUGGGCAGUGCAGCUGAGCCGGCACCGCUGCUGGGCUUUGAUGCCCGGCCGAUUCUGUCCAUCGGGACGCAGGCCUCCUCCACGCGUGCCCAUAGUCAUGCCGAGACAUGGCAGCUGCUUCUUGGAGGCCUCAAAGCUUGGUGGCUGGCAAAGCCAGGCUCGGAUCUCGAUAAACUGCUGGGUGCUGAUCCAUGCGUGGCGCUGGCUGGCCUGGAAGGACUGACAGGACGCACAAAGAAAGUUACUCAGCUGGGCAAGGAGCCCUGGUUCUGCGUGCAGCGUCCGGGGGAGGCCAUGUACUUUGGCGAUCGGUUCCCACAUGCCACCUGCAAUCUUGCACCGUUUGUGCUGGGAUUCGGUGCACAGGGCCGUUCGCAGAACUGGGCAUCUGCCCUCCACAUCGCGGCACACCGCAACAACCGAAGCGGCCUGCAAGAGCUCAUCGAGAUUGGCGGAAUCGACCUGGACGCCGUGGACGAGGAUGGCGCCACUGCGCUGCACCGAAGCGUCGCUCGUGGGCAUCGCGACUCCGCCGCUCUGCUGGUCGCAGCAGGGUGUGACCUUCGGCUGCGUGACCGGGAAGGCAAGAAUGCGGCAGCCAUGGCUGCCGAGAGAGGGGACCUUCCUCUCCUUGAGCUCCUGGCAGAGGCUGGCACCCCCAUCAAGCAGAAGGACGGUGGCAAGCCCCAUGCCAUUCAUUGGGCUGCGCUCUCUGGACAUCAGCUCGUGCUUGAGUACUUACUGAAGCGGCGAGCUUCAGCGCACGCACAGGACAGCGGCGGCAUACAGCCGGUGCACUAUGCAGCCUUGGAAAGCGAUGUGCAAACCGUUGCUUUUCUUGUGGAGCACCAGCGUGCCAACAUCUCUGCGACGGGGCAUGCUGGUGAGCAACCGCUUCACUGGGCAGCUGGCGUCGGCCACCGUGUGAUUGUGGAGUACCUACUGCGGGCGCGUGCUGAUCCAAACGCCGCAGAUCAGCGGGGCACCACGGCACUGCAUUUUGCCGCAGCUCAGGACAGGUUGGAGGCGGCUCGUCAGCUGUUGGCCGCUUCUGCAUCUAUUGCGGCGUCAGCCGCCGGUGUGCAACCACUCCACGCAGCAGCAGCCAAAGGCCACAUGCGGCUCGUCUCACUGCUGCUGCAGGCAGGGGCCGAUGCCAAGGCACGAGAUCGUCAGCGGCGCGUGCCAGCAGAUGUGGCCUCAAACCAAAUGGUGGUGGAUCUUCUUCGAAGUCAAGAGCAUUUCGACGACCUCUGA